AGGGACCAAAACAAUACGCAUCACAAAGACUACAGCAAUUUUAGUGAACCGUACAGUACGGGAAAACGGCCGCAGCUCAGUGUCUCCAGUUGCUUUGCGAAUAUAUACUACAGUGAUCGAUUGAGAGAUGGUUUCGCCAGUGACAGUGGUGAAGAGCGAAGGCCCUAAACUGGUGCCCUUCUUCAAGUCUACCUGUGUCUACUUCGUCCUGUGGCUACCAACCUCAAGCCCUUCUUGGUUCAGCGCCCUCAUCAAGUGUCUACCCAUCUUCUGCCUGUGGCUCUUCAUGCUGGCCCACGGCUUCAGCUUCUUAGGUGCCCACUCAAGUGCUCGCAAGAUCCUGGCCGGUCUCAUCUUCUCUAGCCUGGGAGAUGCCUUUCUCAUCUGGCAGGAGGAUGGCUACUUUAGCCACGGUUUGCUGAUGUUUGCCAUCUCCCACAUCCUCUACUCCUCGGCCUUCGGUAUGAAGCCCCUGAACCCGCUUGCCGGCCUGGUGAUCGGCGCCAUUUCGGCCGUGAGCUACGCCCUGCUCUACCCCUAUCUCUCAGGCCCCUUCACCUACCUGGUGGGGGUCUAUAUCGCCCUGAUCGGCUUCAUGGGCUGGCGGGCCGUGGCCGGCCUCCAGUUGGCCAAUGACCUGUGGACCUGGACCAAGAUGUCGGCAUGUCUGGGCGCUGUACUCUUCAUGGUCUCCGACCUCACUAUUGCCGUUAACAAGUUCUGCUUCCCUGUGCCGCACUCACGCGCCGUUAUCAUGGCCACCUACUACGCCGCGCAGAUGCUGAUCGCGCUCUCCGCCGUCGAGUGCCAGGAUGUGGAGACGGCAAGGAAGAUGGCAUGAAGAGGAGAGAGCGAGGUCGCAUCACGUGAUCAGGAAGAUGUGAUAGGGGCAGCCAAUCCCCCUUGUUUUUGUCAUGGACAUAUUCCAGAGACAGUUACCCGCAAACCCCCUACUUUGGUUGUAGCGUGGCAUUCGCACACCCUUGUUACCAUGGACACUAGUGUACUAUCACCAGCCUGCCCCAUGGCUAGUGGGACAGUCAAAUACCCUAGUUACCAUGGAGACAUGUGCACUACUUUUAACCCUCAACUACUGCCCUACAGUUCUCGUAGAUACGUCCUAGUUACUAGAGAGUAGUGCACGACAACUCCCCCACCUCACUGCCUAGGAUGUUGGUACAGAUGACCAUACAGAUCACCAUGACAAGGUUUGUGUGUGGGUGUGGGUGCGUGUGCGUGCGUAUUAGGUUAGAGGAUUCAUACUAUAUAACCUACAGAUGAGUGUGAAUUCUCAUGGCCUGCUACAAUAAUAGCACAUCUUCCUUCUGCCCCCCAGUCAUUGGCUGCCCUCUCCACCCCAUUUACAGUAUAAUGUGGUCCAAUAUUGCAAAUUCAAAUGGAUGUAUUUCCUGUGGCAUAUUGUCUUUGCAACUAUUUUAUCACCAUUAUUUAAUUUAUCUCUGAAAAGGGAGUUGUUAUAGUGAAUAAGUUUGCACAUCUUGACUUGUUAUGGGGGAGGUUGUGUCCCGUAACUGCUGUCUGUUCUCAUGUAUUUAGGUGCUGUUCUCAAAGUCUGGAGCACAUCCACCCUCCUUUUUUUACUGAUUUUAGUCUCUUCACUUUCACUUAAGACAAACUGCCUUUUGUACUUCUGCUCGCCACACUCCUAUUACAAUACAACCUCUCUCCUGUGUCUAUGAGCCUAUGAAAAUUGCUGUGAAUGUCUACGCACACACACAGAGAGAGAGAGAAUUCGUGGACUUUUGCCUAGCUAGCUGUUGCUAAAUCAUUUGUCCUGGAAUAUGAACAUUGGGUUGCUAUUGUAACUGAAAUCCAUAUGGUCCUUCUAUCUGCUGGAUCUUUGUAGAAUUUUGUACCCAUUUUGAGUCCCACAAAAUCGUGUGUUCUCUACUCCGACAAUGAAUCGAAAGGUAAAAGGGAAAACCUAGUAUGUUUUCUUUGAUUCAUCUCUCCUCAUUCAUUCCUCUUUGGAUUUUAUAUGACUGUUGGCAACCGGCAUUAAGGCUCAUGACCUCCAUCAACUAGGCCGGAGUGUGGACCUGCUUCAUCUUUCAAUCACUCACGUGGGUUUGUAUGAUCCUAAAAACCAAGGCGGAGAUGGGAGAGGCAUGACUUGCCGCGCCAAAUAGAACCAAGUUCUAUUUUAGUGCCUGGCUAUGCAGAUGACGUGCGUGAGCAGUUUCGAUGACAUUAUUGAAUAACAUGUAUGUCUACAUUUAUUUUUUUCAACACUCGCGCACGCGAACGAGGCCGGUUUGGUCAGCAUGUGAGAGAGAUCAUUUGAGAGUGCCUGCUCUAGUAUUUUACCACAGUCAUACUGAUCACUCAAAAGGCUGGUCCCUAAGGGGAACAUUUUUCUUAGGUGUGUGUGUGUGUGUGUGUGUGUGUGUGUGUGUGUGUGUGUGUGUGUGUGUGUGUGUGUGUGUGUGUGUGUGUGUGUGUGUGUGUGUGUGUGUGUGUGUGUGUGUGUGUGUGUGUGUGUGUGUGUGUGUGUGUGUGUACCCUCUGUACCUGAGGCAUCUCACAGUGUUCCUCCUUUACUGUUUAUGUUACCCUGAACACGCACAAACACACACCACAUAUACACGCUUCCUUCAGGUCACACUUCAUACCCCCAGCUCCUGCUGGUUUGGUUAUUAGAAGAAGGCUGGUGGUGCCCUUAUUGCUGGAACAUUUUCAGCUACCAACUGUGUGCCUAUGGCCAUAUAAAGUGUUACGAAAAGGACAUGUUGGCUGAAGCCAGUCCUUGUUUUGUCUGCAGUGUUUUGGCCUUCAGAGAAGAACACAGCCCUAGGACACCCUGGUCCCUUAGGGUCCAAACACAGCCAAAAAAGAGAGAGAAGACUGGCCAAUGGUUUCAUUAGCACAAGGGAACAAUUAGACCACUCAAUCCCGAUUGGUUAUAUCCCCCUAGAUAGAUAUGCAGCUAUGACACUUAUCUGUCAUAGUAUUUUUCUCUGUUGCACCAGCUAUAGGGCCAUCUUUGCUGAGUUAUUGUGCUGUCUGUUUGAAGCAUAUUUACUGAAAAAAUGUCCGUGUGUAUUUAAGAAAUUUUAGAAAACAGAUACAUUGUUAUACUUGUUGCAUGUUAUUUUAGUGUGUUUGUGUGUACUGUAUGUGUGUGCAUGCGUGUAGGUGUGUGUCGAGCUCCCUCUAGGGCCGUGGCAGAAUUGCUGUGAACUAUCAUUUUGCUUGAACAUUGGCUGAAUGUACAUCAUACCGGCGUAUUCCUAUUUUGUGAUAUUUUCUCAAAAUCCUUUGGCAUUUUCUCUUCAGUCCCCCAUCUUCCUAUUAAUGGAUAUUGUCCAUAGUAUUUUCACCUGCUAUGACCUUUUCCCUUGCUGUCUCUUUCCUUUCUAUGACACCAUAAUCAGGGAUGACUGAUUAAUGCCAGGCCAUAUUUAUGUACCGUUUUCCCAACUAGCACAUAAUGUUCUGAGAACCAUAUGUUUCUUAGACCUUGGUGAAAAAGUGAUUGUCCUAUGUUUAUUUUGCAUACAACUUUUCCACAACUUUCUGGGAAUGGUGCAGGAUAAUUUUGAACAUUCUCAGCACCUUUAAGGAACUUGACAAGAAAAUUAUAUUUUCUUGGUACUUCAUUACUUAACAGAAUGUUUCCUAAAAAUUCAAACAUGGUUACAUUUCAUUUCAAUUUUGGUCAUGUUCUAGGAAUGUUCUCCAACUGGUUUGGCAUUGGGAAUGUUCAAAAUUGUUCAACUUCGUUAAGAAACAACGUUCUUCGUUGGGAAUUUCAGUACUUCAGGCAUAACUUUUUACUACAGGUUUCCUCCUGGUUCCAUUUAAAGUCACGUUCUCAAAUUGUUCCGAGAACGUUAAAAAAACGUUUCAUAGAAACCACAAAACUUUUGUAAUGUUCAGAGAACGUUGUAGGAAUGUUAUUUAAUAACAUACAUUCCAUUCUCAGCAUCACCAAAAUUAUCUCUAUCCUCAAUCUUGUUAAGUGUGUUCAGGUGUGUUGCCUGCACCCACUAAUUGGCCGCACCUGGUCUUAAUGAGCGUUCAUUUCAAUUGAAAUGGGGUCUGUUUGAAUAAACUAAAAUGAACAGAUUUGUAAGCGUAAAAAAUAUGGCAUGCUAGCUCCAUCCUGGUGGUGUGGUGGACUAAUUCCAUGGAUAGAUUAUAGGUUCGAAUCUCACUGAUGCCUUGUCACAAUGAAAAAUAAAUUUGUUUGCAUGAUUAAUGCAUAAGGAAAUGUAUUUCCAUGUGUCCUAUCUGUGCAAGUAACCCACUUGUCAACUAUCGCAAAAUCAACAAAACAAUUCACAAUGUCAUUGGAUUUAGGUUAAAAGUUUGGUGGGGAAAAAAACAAAAUUCCCUUCUGUUGACUUUUUGAAAAUCCAAUUGGUUUCCCACGUUGAUUCAACAUCAUCACAUGGAAACAUCAUUGAUUCAACAAGUUUCUGCCCAGUAGGAAAAGUCACAUCCAGUGAACGUUUUAAGGAAGUUAUAAAAAAAACCUUGAAAUAAUCUAUAAUUUCCAUUCUCAGAGCGUUAAAGAAACCUCCCAGGAAAACUUUCAAGGAACCAGAGUAAAACAUUCUCAGAACCUCCUGAAACCCCAAAAUAAACCUUCACUUCACUUCUGUUCUCGUAACGUUUACCGGUCAGGAAACGUAUGACUUAAUUCCCACAACCAAUGUGAAAACAAAAACAUACUUUACCACAACAUCCAAGGAACCAAAUGUACUAGCUGGGGUAUCUUCUCAAACAUAAACAUUGUGUGGUUAUUAAAGGCACGGUGUAUAGCUUAUGAGUGUGUAGUCACUAUUUCUUUUAUACCGACUUUUUUCAGCCCUGCGUCCCGCUAAAGGAUGUUAGUUUGAUCACACUUUUCUAUAGAGAGUGGUUGUUGUAUAGCGCACACAGAGUCUAAUGUAGCAUGAAGAAGGAUGCUAAGAAUUGAUGUGUUCUAUUGGUAUUGAAGACAUCUAUCUGUUGGCUAUUGUUGUUUAUUGAUAUCUAUUCAGCUACAGUAUAUGAAACUAACUGACAGUUUACUGGAAUAAGUAGAGGAACUAAUUAAAGAUGCAUACAAACAGUAUAUUGUAACAUAUAUUUAUUUGACCUUUAAUAGUUUUAAAUAUUGUGUAUAGGGAGUAUUUGAAUACUUGUGGAUACACAGAUAGAGUAUCCAAAUAUAUCGUACUGUUCUGUCCCACUGGGCACCAACUGGUUGAAUCAAUGUUGUUUCUACAACAUUUCCACAAAGAAAUGCAAUGUUUUUCCUUUUGAUGAUGUUGAAUCAAUGUAGAAGAUUAAUUGGAUUUGCAAAAACUCAUCAACGUACAGGAAUUUUUGAUUUUUUUUUGGCAACCAACUUUUAGCCUAAAUAAAAUGACAGUCUAAGCUGCAGAAGGGAUUACUGAUAGAUCAAGAUUCUAAAUGAGGGGGAAGCACGAGCUCGCCUUAAUGCAACAAAAGUCAAACUUUAAUUCAACCAUUCUCCUAUUUGUUUAAAAUGCAAUUUUGUACUGUUACAGUUGUACAUUUUUAAAUAAAAGCUUAAACGAAC